UUGUGCCACUUCAUUGGAAUCAGCCUCCGCCCUUUUCAACUGGCUGCUGCGGGGCCAGUGGUGCCGGGAGACGAGGGCGGACGCUCAGGCACGGUUGGAACAGUCUGGGCCUAGUCAAUGUAAAGACAAUGAGGAUGAAGACCUCUACGAAGAUGACUUCCACUUAAUGAAUAGUGAGACAUGCCUUUUACCUUCUGCCAUGAUUGUGAGGCUUCCCCAGCCACGUGGAACUGAAGCUGCACCUGACAGAAGCUCCAGGAUGCUUGUUCUCUUUCUGCUGGGCACAGUCUUUCUGCUCUGCCCAUAUUGGGGUGAACUUCAUGACCCUAUAAAAGCGACUGAAAUAAUGUGUUAUGAAUGUAAAAAAUAUCAUCUUGGGUUAUGCUAUAGUGUCAUGACAUCCUGCUCCCUGAAGCAUAAACAGUCCUGUGCAGUUGAGAACUUUUACAUCCUUACAAGGAAAGGGCAGAGCAUGUAUCAUUAUUCAAAACUGUCGUGUAUGACCAGCUGUGAGGACAUCAACUUCUUGGGGUUCACGAAGAGGGUAGAGCUCAUCUGUUGUGAUCAUAGUAACUACUGCAACCUCCCUGAGGGAGUUUAGUUCUACGUCUCUCCUGGAUUUUGGGUUCUUUUUCAACCACUACGCUCUUUUUCUCUUCCCUGAACCUGAAUUUUGCUCUCCUCUUCUAUGCAUUGGUAGAGAGUGAGAAAGCCAGCUCAUAGUGAAAAGACAAGCAGGCAUAAGGAGACACAGUGCGGACAGCAGAGCCUAUUGAUGAUGGAGCACUAGACUCACUCUUUGCGCAUCCCUGUCGCUAACAGGUGGGAGGGGUUUUGCUCUCCUUACGUGAUACUGCCAUGAAUAAGCUCAGACUUGGUCAUUUAUUAUCUCCUGUAUGAAAAUGUGAACACUUGGGCCAUAAUAAUCUCCAAUUUGUACUGAGAAUUCUGUGACUAUCCUCUAUCCUCAUCUACACACACACUCCUCUCCGUUGGAAUUCUCUUUGGAUUAGCCCUGACACUUUCUGGCACUGUCCUUUUCUGCCCAUGGGUUCUGGAGAGGGCUAACCCCAGCUUCCCAGUGUGUUGGCAGCAUGGGCCAAGUCUUUCUCUGAUAGAGCUCUUGGGGGAACCUCAGGGCAGAAAAAAAAAAAAACUGAACAGACAUAGGGAUGAGCAUCAAAGAAAACUUCAGGGGGCAUUUCAAUUGGUAAAAACUAAGAUCUGAGAGAUAACUUGCUGUGGGUGGAAUUGGCUUGAAUUAUCAUUGCCCUGGCUGGCCAGGCAGCCUUGGGCACAUGGUUGAACUAGGUGAUUGGAUUGGGAACAGAGUGUUUUUUUAAGGAUGGCUAGUCAGGUUCUUCUCAUGGGACUGAGAAAACAAAAUGCUGAUAAUGUGGCAGGUGGCGUAGUAGUUGAAGAUAAUAGGAUGUAAAUAGAUACCAUGAGGUAGUGUUCAAGUAACAGAGUGCCCUGUGUAAGAGGAAGUUAUGAGUAUGCAGAAAGUGUGAGAAAGGUAGCAUAUAUGGGUAACAGUGGUGGGAAGAGAAGAAGGAAGACACAGAAACAGAUAGGAAGAGAAACUGAGUAGCAUUGAUGUUGCAGCACACCUGUGGCCAAGGUGGCACAUUUUCCUUGGAUACACACUAACCCUGGUGUUUCUGUCCUUAUAAGGCUGACUGCACCCUAGAUGACGGGUUGAUGGGUGCAGCAAACCACCAUGGCACAUGUAUACCUAUGUAACAAACCUGUAUGCUGCACUUUCUUUCAUGUAUCCCAGAACUUAAAGUAAAAUUAAAAAAAAUAAUAAGUAAAAAAAGGCCAGAAAAAUUGGCCAAAAAAUCUGAAUAGAAAAAGAUAUACAGAUAGUAAAUGAGCAUAUGAAAAUAUGCUUAACAUCAUAUCUCACUAGGGAAUUGCAAAUUAAAACAACAAUAUUAUGCAACUAUACAUUUUAAAUGGUCAAAAUAAAAAAAAUAAAAAAAACCCUCACAGUAGCAAUUUUUGUCAAGGAUGUAGAGCAAUAGGAAAUCUCAUUUAUUGCUGGCAGGAAUGCAAAAUGGUAAUGCUGUUUUGGAAGACAGUUGGUAGUUUCUUAGAGAGGUGAUUAUACUCUUGCUAUGUCAUUCAGUAAUCAUGCCUUUAGAUAUUUACUCAACCAAUUUGAACAGUUAUGCCCACACAGAAACCUGCACACAAAUGUUAAAAUCAUAUUUAUUCAUAAUUGCCUGAGACUAGAAGCAAUAAAGACGCCCAUCAAUAAGUGAAUGGAUAUGUAAUCUAUGGUACAUCCAAACAGUGGGAUGCUACUCAAUGAUGAAAAGAAAUGAUCUAUCAAGCUAUGAAAGGACAUGGAUACAUUUUUAAAUGAAUAUUGCUAAGUUAACGAAGCCAGUCUGAAAAGGCUACAUACAGAUGCUCCUCAACUUAUGAUGGGGUUAUAUCCUGUUAUAACAAUUGCAAGUUGAAAAUAUUGUGAACUGAAAAUGCAUUUAAAACACUUAACCUUCCAAACAUCAUAGCUUAGCCUAGCCUACCUUAAAUGUGCUCAGGAUGUUUACAUUAGCCUAUAGUUGGGCAAAAGCAUCUAACACAAAGCCAAUUUUAUAAUUGGCUUUGAGUAUCUCAUGUAAUUGAGUAUUUCAUGUAAUUUAUUGAUUACUGUACUGAAAGUAAAAAACAGAAUGCUUGUAUGGGUACUAAAGUAUGGCUUCUACUGAAUGCUUAUUGCUUUCACACAUCUUAAAGUUUAAAAAAAUUGUAAGUCAAAUCAUUGUAAGUCUGGGAACAUGUGUACUCUGAUUCCAAUUUUGUAAAAGACCAAAGUAUAGGGUUGGUGAAAAUAUCAAUGACUGCCAGUGGAUUAAGAGGAAAAAAGGGAUUGAAUAGGUAAAGUAUAAAAGAUUUUUUAGGGUGAUGAAUCUAUUUUGUAUGAUACUAUACCAGUAAAUACAUGACACUAUGCACUUGUCAAACCCCAUAGAACUUUACUGCACAAAGAAUGAAACAAUGUAUGAGAAUUAAAAAAAAAAAAUCAUUUAGGAAGUCAGAGGAUUCCAGGAAGGAAUGCAGAAUGUGACAAAAAUGAUGUAACUGUUACAAAUGUGUGAAACAAUCUCUCUGAGUUGAGUUGGGGGAAAAGUUUCUGAUCUGAGUAACUUUGUAAAUGAGUGGAGCCUGUAAGCUUAAAGGCAAAAGAAAAUGACACAAGCUCUGCACUCUAGUUGAUAAAGUUGUUUUCCCCAAGGUUAUAGGUUAAUAAUUCUGAUACUGCUCUACAGGUACACUGUAAUUGAACUCCUAAGCAAAUGAAUGGGGGCUGGGGGAAUCCAGGUUUCUCACUGUUGGAGUUAGAAGUUACAGAUAAGCAAGAGAAAGGUGCUAGAAUGAUCAAUGAGGUAAUGAAUUAGACAUCAGUAUGAAUUCAUAUUUAGUUAAAUACAGAUUAUUAUAAAUAUGUAUAUAAAAGAAAGAAAUAUUUAUAAAUAUGUAUAUUUAUGAGUUAUUAUACAUACAUAUAUUUCCUUGCUCUGUCAAAUAACAAUAACAACAAUAGUAAUGAGUACCCCUAGCACCCAGACUGUGGUUUCUAAUACCAUUCUCAAAAGAAAAAAGAAAUCAAGUCCUUGGAGAAAUGGCUGAUUGUAGGACUGGGGCAGGAAAUUAAAUGAAGAGAAGAUGAGCCUGUAAAUCUGAGGGAGUAUAUCAGAGGGAAAUAGGAACAAACUGAGAGAUCUCCCCAUGGCCCAAACUGGAUCAAUUUGAAUGACAAAAUAAAUGAGCCCAAAGGUUAAAAUAAAUUACCAUGAAUACAAGAUGAAUGCAUAAAUAAAUUAUUGAAAAAAAUGGGAGAAAUGAUCUGAUUGUCCCAGCUCAUUAUUUGUUGUUACUUUCGUAGAUCCAUUGCUAGUCUACACAUUUGUCUGCACUUGCCUCAGGUGCCUGCUGUAGUGCG